AUGCCUGUGAUGAAGGGAUUAUUGGCGCCGCAGAACACGUUUCUGGACACUAUAGCCACGCGCUUUGACGGCACUCACAGCAACUUCAUCCUGGCCAACGCGCAGGUGUCCCAGGGCUUCCCCAUUGUCUACUGCUCGGAUGGCUUCUGCGAGCUCACGGGCUUCUCCCGCGCCGAAGUCAUGCAGAAGAGCUGCGCCUGCAAGUUCCUGUACGGGCCGGAGAGCAGCGAGACCGUCGUCCUCAGCAUCGACAACGCGCUGGAGGAGCGCAAGGAGUUCAAGGACAAGAUCGCCUUCUACGGCAAGACAGCGGUGCUGUUCAGGUGCCUACUGGACAUCGUGCCCAUCAAGAACGAGAAGGGAGACGUGGUCCUCUUCCUGGCCUCCUUCAAGGACAUCACCGACACAAAGGCCUCCAAAGCACCGCCAGACGGGAAGAGAGAAAAGCGCCACCGCGGCAGGGUGAAGACAGGCUCUCCGUUCAGCUCCACGAGGCUCCGGAGCAGCGCGGUCCUCUACCACAUCUCUGGCCACCUGCACAGCAGGGACAAGAAGAGCAAGAUUAAAAUAAACAAGAACGUGUUCGGGGACCCCCCUGCGCUGCCCGAGUACAAGGUCGCCGACGCCAAGAAAUCCAAAUUCAUCCUCCUGCACUUCAGCACCUUCAAGGCGGGCUGGGAUUGGCUGAUCCUGCUGGCCACCUUCUACGUGGCCGUGACGGUGCCCUACAACGUGUGUUUCAUCGGCGACGUGGACCAGACCCGGAGCACCACCGUCACUGACAUCUCCGUGGAGAUACUGUUCAUCAUCGACAUUGUCUGUAGUUUCCGCACCACCUACGUCAGCAAGUCGGGUCAGGUGAUCUUUGAAGCGCGUCUGAUCUGCAUCCACUACAUGACCACCUGGUUCAUCAUUGACCUGGUGGCCGCGCUGCCCUUUGACCUGCUCUACGCCUUCAACGUCAGCGUGGUGUCCGUGGUGCACCUGCUGAAGACGGUGCGUCUGCUGCGGCUGCUGCGGCUGCUGCAGAAGAUGGACCGCUACUCGCAGAACAGCACGGUGGUGCUGACCCUGCUCAUGUCCAUGUUCGCCCUGGUGGCCCACUGGAUGGCCUGCAUCUGGUUCGUCAUCGGCAAGAAGGAGCUGGACGGCAACCCCUCGUCAUGGGACAUCGGCUGGCUCCACGAGCUGGGUCGCCGCCUGGAGUCGCCCUACCUGUUCGAGGGCAGCGUGAACGUGACGGUGGGCGGGCCGGCGCUGCGCAGCAUCUACGUGGCGUCGCUGUACUUCACCCUGAGCAGCCUGACCAGCGUGGGCUUCGGCAACGUGUCGGCCAACACCGACGCCGAGAAGAUCUUCUCCAUCUGCACCAUGCUCAUCGGAGCUCUGAUGCACGCCCUGGUGUUCGGUAACGUGACGGCCAUCAUCCAGCGCAUGUACUCCCGCUGGUCCCAGUACCACACGCGCACCAAGGACCUGAAGGACUUCAUCCGCGUGCACCACCUGCCCCAGGGCCUGAAGCAGCGCAUGCUGGAGUACUUCCAGACCACCUGGUCGGUCAACAACGGCAUUGACUCCAACGAGCUGCUGAAGGACUUCCCUGACGAGCUGCGCUCCGACAUCACCAUGCACCUGAACAAGGAGAUCCUGGAGCUGACCCUGUUCUCGGGGGCCAGCCGCGGCUGCCUGCGCUCCCUGUCCCGCCACAUCAAGACCUCCUUCUGCGCCCCCGGGGAGUACCUCCUCCGGCAGGGCGACGCGCUCCAGGCCAUCUUCUUCGUGUGCUCGGGCUCCAUGGAGGUUCUGAAGGACGGCAUGGUGCUGGCCAUACUGGGUAAAGGGGACCUGAUCGGGGCGACCCUCUCCGUGAUGGAGCGGGUGAUCAAGACCAACGCCGACGUGAAGGCGCUGACCUACUGCGACAUGCAGUGCAUCAACCUGAAGGGGCUGUACGAGGUGCUGGACCUCUACCCCGAGUACUCCCACCAGUUCGUCCAGGACAUCCAGCAGGACCUCACCUACAACCUGAGGGAGGGCCACGAGACCUGCGUCAAGUCCAGGAUGUCAAUGACAACUUUAGACACCGAGGCGAGCGUGAAGGGCAACGGUCGCCUGGUCCACGGCUACCCCUCCAUCAUCGAGAAGAAGAAAGGCCUGGAGGAGGAGGGGGGGGGCGAGGAGGAGGCGGGGAGUCCCUCGCCCGCGCUGGAGUGGGACCAGGUGGUGUACCUGAGGGACGGUGACAAGGGCCCGGGCCCCGGCGACAAGGGCCCCGGGCGGCCCCGGAGGAGGAGGAGGAGUCAGCGGGGGGCCCUGGUCACCCUGGACCCGUUGAACCUCAGCCCCAGGGUCGUGGACGGUACGGAGGCCAUCGAGGGUCAGGAGGGCUCCCCGGUCUUCUCCUACCCCCCCGCCCCGGCCUGCCCCGGGGCUCCGGCCUCCGCCACAGACAUGCUGCAGGUCAGCACAGCAGAGCUCGCAGCCAAGGCAGAGGAGACCAGAGGCCAGCUACGACACCUCGACCAGGAGGUGAGCUCCCUGGGCCGGGAGGUGGCGGAGCUGGGCCGCGUCAUGCGGGGCAUGGCCCACCUCAUGGAGACCCUCAUCUUACCCCCCCCGCCUCAGCCGCCCAGCCUCUGCUCCAUGCACUGCUCCCCGGGACGUCCCGCCCGCCUGCUGCACCCCACGCACGCCGCCGAGCCCCCCGCCACGCCACGCACGCCCUCGGGGAGCCCGGGCUGGUCCGGAGGAGGGGGCGCCGGCCCGACACCCCCCAAGGACGCUGGGGGUCCGCCGGCGGCGGGCUCCGAGGGGUCCCCCCAGCACCACACCGGGCCCUUGUAG